AUGCAAUUCUUUAACCGAUUUUCAUUUCUUUCAACUUUACUUUCCAUAACCGUCUUUUCCAAAUUAACAAGUUCUACCAUAACCUUUAAAUGCGAGAAUACCGAGACCCAAAAGAAAUCAUAUCUAAUAGGAAUCUGUGCUUCUGGUUCUGCUGAAUCUACUUAUCCAAACAAGUACAUAAGAGUACGAAAUGCUAUAAAUGCUACUUAUACUUCUACUCAAAAUCAGUUUAUUUGUAACCAAGAUUACCCAACUUGGUGGGCUUAUUGUUGUGCAACAUCUCUACCUACAGGUUCACAAACAGCCAAAGAUUGUAUACUUGCUCAACUUAUUCAAAGCUCUGAGUCUUAA